UAACAAUUGCAACUCUACAGUUUGAGGCGGUGAAGCCGUUUUGAUCGGUAGGUGAGUGAAUGAAAAUCUGAGAAAGAUCAGAGUUUUAUCGUCUCUUUCAUAUCACACAGAUCGAACGCUGAAGAUGGAAUUCUCAGAUCCUAAAUCCGAUUUGUUAGUUGAAAUCCUGGCUCGGCUCCCUAGCAGCAAAGCAGCUAUCCGAUUGAAAUUGGUUUGCAAGAGCUGGUGUUCUCUUAUCUCUUCUCACUAUUUUAUUACUGUUUUCAAUCACCGCCGCCAUGACCCAAUUCAUCGCUCAUCCUCAUCGCCUGGCUGCUUUAUAUUCCAAUCUGCAAUUGACCGCUGUUUGUCGAUGGUUCGCUGGGGAUACCAUGAUGCCGUAGGCGACUUCCACAGGCCCGAUUUCAGUUUCCUUCCCUGUCCUCAAAGCAGCAUUAGAUUGAAUGCUUCGUGUGGUGAUUUAAUUCUAUGCUCGACCCGGAAUUCGACCUCCCACCUGUUCCAACCCGUAUUCUAUUAUGUCUGUAAUAUGCUAACCAAGCAGUGGGCUGCUCUUCCUCCUGCCCCCCAAUUGCAAUUAGAACGCACAACAUAUGUCACAUUUUCCACUGGCUUCCUUUUCGUUCCCGCGCCCUGUUCCCUUUGCAGCCCCCAAUGUGUUGUAGGUCACAAUAAUAAUAAUUUUAUGGUGGUUCGAAUUUGUGUUGAUCCAGUUACCUCAAUCCGACCAACGUCCAAAUUAACAGUUCAACUCUUCUCGUCUGAGGAAGGUGAAUGGAGAAGUGUUGUGGUUUCAUCACCACGGGCCGUAAGCUUUCGGGUCCGUUCUUCUGCAACUCUUGUCUCCUAUAAAGGGAUGCUACAUUGGCUGGUGUCUGGGUUUGUUCUCGUGUAUGAUCCCUAUAAUUGUCUUGAAAAAUUUUGCCGUGUAAUUGAUACCCCAACUGAUAUAAUAGAUGGGGUCGUGGAGCACCGCUUCCAAACCAUUGGACUAUUUCGAGAUCGUCUUCAUGUAACACAAGUUUCCUCUUCCUUAUUUUGUAUAUGGGAGUUGGAGGACUACAACAUGGGGAAGUGGAGUUUGGUGCACAAGAUUUCCUGUACAGCAAGUCCCCGGCUCAGGGUCUUCCCAGUCCGGGAUGAACCUAAUCAUCUUCCUCAUCUUGAUCCUAUAGUUAAUCUUCAUCCUAAAAUUAGAGAGACAGGGUUUUUCUACAAUGAUGGAAGUGCUUUUUAUUGGACCAAUUCUGGGUGGUCGGUUGCUAAUGGGAUUGUCCAUUGGAUUACUGAUCAGGGGUGGCCAACACCCGUACCAUCACUAACUGCCGGCACAAUUCAAAAUAAUGCGGAUAAUGAAAAUGCUAUUGGGAUUCAUAGCAAAAAGGUGAAAGACGGAGAUAUAUACUCUAUCUGUCUCAUUUUAUCAGUCCUACCUAGUAUUUAUUGGUUUCUGCUCUUCCCUGGGUAA